AUGGAAAUUUCUGAGAGUACAAGGAUUCUUUUCGAGAAAAUUCAAAGAUUUGAGCCGGAGUAUGCUCUGAGGAUCAUUCACAAUCUCCUUAUGCAAGAACGUGGUGAACAAGAGAUUGCUAACUUAGCUUCAUUACCAGAUCAUGUGAUCCAUGAAUUUUCUGUUAGAGCGAGAAUUGGACUUGAAAUGUUGGCUAUUCGCUCGGGAAAUCCUUCGCCAGCAAGUUUCCAGGUUCACUCUCCCUUUCAUAAUAUGCAUGAUGGAAAUACUAGUUCAGAUUUUAUGCCGUUAGGUUAUAUGGAUUCCGUCACCGAACAUCAAACUCGUACCGCAUUGUUGGGUUCGGAGAAUCUUCAUCCGAAUAUUCAAUAUGUAGAUAGUGUAACGUCUACCGCAGCUAACUUUAAUCCUUAUAAUAAUAUUAAUUACUACCUAGAAUAUGUUCCGAGAGUUGCCGGUUUAAAUGGAAAAAACAGUAGAAGGUCUUCGAACACGACCGAAUUUCCAUUCAAAACUUGUCACUAUUUCAGCAAAGGUUAUUGUAGACAUGGAAAUAGUUGUAAGUUCUAUCAUAAUGGACAAACUGUUUCUGAGCUGUACGGAAACAACGACAUUGCUGUUAACAACGAGCAAGUGAUUUCGCUCGGAUCACUAGCAAAACUAGAGUCGGAAAUCGUCGAGCUUUUGAAACAGAGAGGAAAUCCUAUUUCAAUUGCUUCACUUCCAACGGCAUACUAUGAAAAGUACAAAAAGGCCUUACAGGCAGAAGGUUACCUAGCUGAGAGCCAGCGACAUGGUAAGUCAGGCUGCAAUUUGACAAGGCUGCUGAUUCGAUUGAGAAAUAGCAUUCGGCUAAUCGACCGGCCUCACGGGCAGCAUGCGGUGGUUUUGGCCGAAGAUGCCCCAAAAUUCAAGGGAAAGGCUGACUGUCAAAAUAUCAGUGCAUCACAACAACUUUACAUAACAUUUCCAGCUGAUAGCACUUUCUCUGAAGAUGAUGUAUCAAACUACUUUAGAACUUUUGGGUGCGUUAUAGACGUAAGGAUUCCGCACCAGCAGGAAAGGAUGUUUGGAUUUGUGACAUUUGUUUAUCCAGAAACUGUGAAAACAAUUCUGGAAGAGGGAAAUCCUCACUAUGUUCGUGGAUCGCAAGUUCUUGUGAAACCUUACAAGGAGAGGUCAAAACUUGUUGACAGGAAGUACCAACACCGAUCUGAGCACCAUGUUCGUUAUUCACCGCAAUAUGUUGACUUCGAUGCUGAAAUCGCUUCAAGUCCGAUAAGUUGUGGAAAUGCUCGGUAUCAGACAAGGCUUCGCAUUGACGAGCAAUACCGAUUCUUUGAAUUGCAGAGAAGGCAUCUUGCAAUGUUGCAAGUUGCUCAAAACACUCAGUCUAGUCCACCCCAUUAUGACAUCAACAUGAAUGGACCAAGAGUUUCCGAUGAUAAUCUCAAUGUCCAGCUCCAGCCGACCGAAUCUUUGAGUUAUGCAAGAAAUUUCAUAGCCGAUAACUCUGACAAGGACAGCAGGAAAGGAGUGCACCAAGCAGAUAGCGCGUUUUCGUUUCGCAUAGAUACAGCAAUUUCAACAAUCAUGUAG